AUAGAACAUAUACCACAUCUCUCAUUUUACCGGUAAGACAAGUCAUAUUUGUUUAAUGAUCGUAAUUUUUUUGGCGUAUGAAAAGAAAGUUAGAUCGACUAGAGAAGUAUGAUGGGGGUAUACGUUCUCUCAGUUCUGGCAGUUUUGAUCAAGAGUUUGGUUGUAUAAUUCGUAUAAUAUAAGCUUAAAGGGCGGAAACACACAAUGCACUUAAAAUUUGUCGGUAUACUUAGAAGUAAUAUCGAAUACGAGUUGUUACCUUUUCAAUUUGUUGUUUUAACAGUUUGGAAUAUUUGGUGCCCAAAAGAUUGGCCACGCAGGCUUAAAAAUACAAGCAUAAUACUCUUCAUAGUUAUUUUAAUUUUAAAUUUUAUAAUGUGUACUGAAAUGCUCAUUUAUUUUAUUUUAAGUAUCGGUACAGAGCAGUUCAAAUUAACAAAUUUGUUUUUUGUAAGUGCGUCUAUAACUGGUGUAUAUAAAUCACUAAAAAUUAUGAAAAAUCGUAAAAUCAUAAGAUGUUUUGUAAGAAACUAUUUUAAUCACCAAUGGAUAAAAUUGCUUGAUGACGAAGAAAAUGAAAUACACGAAAAAAUCAAUACAAGAAUUAGACAUAUUACGGUCACAUAUUUUAUAUCGAUGAUAAGCAUCAUUUUGAUGAAAGACUUGGGACCAAUAGCAGAAUCUGGACUUGCUAUUCAAUUACCAGCAGAUGGAUGGUAUCCAUACGAUAUCGAAAAUUCUGUGUUGUUUGGAAUAACAUACGUCCACCAAGUUAUACUUGGUUCUUUUGUUAUAUGCGCACACGUAGGAAUAGAUACUCUUUUUGUUGGACUGUUACUCAAAUUGUUAGGCCAAAUAAAUAUUUUAAAGCACCGCUUACAAAUAUUAGGAAAUUCACUUGACCAUAAAAUGAUCAGUUUGAACAAAUUUGAGUCAUUUCAAACGGUGCAAAAACACUUAAUUUUAGAAUGCAUACAUCACCAUAAACGUAUUUAUAGAUUUGGAGAAGAUCUCAAUAAAAUAUUUCAAGAAAUGCUUCUGAUUCUAGUUGUAUCUUCUUUGCCAAAUAUUUGUAUUAAUAUAUAUGCCUUAUCAUCCAACCUAAAAAACAUAAACAUGGAUUAUAUUGCUACCUUUUUUUCAACUACUUCUGCGUUUAUACAAUUUUUUAUUGCAUGCUGGUUUGGUAAUGAAGUAUCUUUAAAUAGUGUCGAAGUUCGAAAUGCUGUUUAUGCGAUGGACUGGAACAAACUUGAUACACCUACACAGAAGCUUCUUAUAGUUGUUAUGGCCAGAUCAUUGAAACCAAUUGAGUUCUCAAUUAUUAAGGCAUCAUAUACAGCAUUCAACCUUCUUCAGCAGACUUCUAGUUCUUAGUAAUUUAUUUAUUUUUCUAUUUCGUUUGGUAUAUUAUCAAAUCAGGUAAGAAAAAGGUAUACGUUUAAGAUUCUUAUUAAAAAUCGCUAUGCUUAUAAUUUAUCUGUAAAAUUUAUGAUUUGUGCGAUAAUGAUUUCAUAAUGAUACAAUUAGAUACAUGAAAAUAAAUGUACUUGCGUGUUGACGCAUUAAUAUAUCGAUAAAUUACGUGCUUUGUUGUAAGUCACCUCACGAAACGUUUAAUUUACGUUGAUGUUGUAUCAAACUUCUGAACUUUAAUAAAUAACUUGCGAGAUCGAAAA